AUGAAGAGGAGAUCGAAGCCUCUGCGCGCGGGAUGCGUAGUUGCUGCGCAACGCCGCGCUAUAGUACCAUGCCUCGCCGCGAUACAUACCCCAUCGGAGCUUCUAUGCGCGAAGGCGCAACAACUGCGCAGCACAACAACUGUGCAGCAUCUCUACCACGAUCUGUACCAGGGAGGUGCCUGCGGUUUCGAAAACCCGAUAAAAGAAUAUGGGUUGCAUACAGUGGCAUUGAGCUCUCUAUUGUACAAAAACGGGUCAAAUUGUGGAGCUUGCUAUGAAAUCAAAUGUGACAGCAAAAACAAAAUGUGCAAACCGGGAACACCAUCCAUUUUUGUUACUGCCACCAAUUAUUGCCCUCCCGGCGGCUGGUGCAGUCCACCAGCCCGCCAUUUCGACUUGUCCGAGCCUGCAUUUACUCAGAUUGCAGAACACGCUGCUGGCGUUGUUCCUAUUCUAUUUCGCAGGGUUCAUUGCAAGAAACAAGGAGGCAUUAAAUUUACCGUAACUGGGAGUCCUAAUUUCAACCUGGUGUCGAUAUCCAACGUUGGAGGGGCAGGAAGUGUAAAAAAGGUGGAGGUCAAAGGUGACAAGAAGUUGAAUUAUUGGACAGAAUUGAAUCGUAAUUGGGGUACCAAGUGGGAUACCGAUGCAACCCUUGUUGGCGAGGCACUAAGUUUCCGUAUAACCACUGGCGAUGGCAGAACCAUAGUUUCAUCGAACGUUGCCCCUAAUAGUUGGCAAUUUGGUAUAUUGCGAGCACUUGUGUCAUCUUCUGUGCUGAUUCUUGUGCUUGCAUUGCCUAUUGCAAAUGCCCUCACCAUAGGAGGUGCCUGCGGUUUCGAAGACCCGAUAAAAGAAUAUGGGUUGCAUACAGUGGCAUUGAGCUCUCUAUUGUACAAAAACGGGUCAAAUUGUGGAGCUUGCUAUGAAAUCAAAUGUGACAACAAAAACAAAAUGUGCAAACCGGGAACACCAUCCAUUUUUGUUACUGCCACCAAUUAUUGCCCUCCCGGCGGCUGGUGCAGUCCGCCCGCCCGCCAUUUCGACUUGUCUGAGCCUGCAUUUACUCAGAUUGCAGAAUACGCUGCUGGAGUUGUUCCUAUUCUAUUUCGCAGGGUUCAUUGCAAGAAACAAGGACGCAUUAAAUUUACCUUAACAGGGAGUCCUAAUUUCAACCUGGUGUCGAUAUCGAACGUUGGAGGGGCAGGAAGUGUAAAAAAGGUGGAGGUCAAAGGUGACAACAAGUUGAAUUAUUGGACAGAAUUGAAACGUAAUUGGGGUACCAAGUGGGAUACCGAUGCAACACUUGUUGGCGAGACACUAAGUUUCCGUAUAACCACUGGCGAUGGCAGAACCAUAGUUUCAUCGAACGUUGCCCCUAAUAGUUGGCAAUUUGGUCAUACCUACGAGGGCAAAAAUUUCCGCCUAUAG